AAGAGAAACAGCUGACGCCAUAUAUUAUUUGGGUAAAAAAAUCAGGUAUAUACCCAAAGAGAGAAAACGCGUAAACUGAGAAAUCCAGAGCUCAACUGAGUGUUGUUCAAUCCAAAAGAGUUUUGUUUGCUUUCGAUUCAUCUGAUUCUUCAGCUACAGUGGAAAAACUGCUUAGACUUCUCAUAUAAAGCUGCUGCAGUCCCUGAAUUAACUGGGUGAUUGUGAAGAGGAGAAGAAUUUUUCAUUCUGGUGAACUCAUACUUGCACUGCUUAAGACUUUUGCAUCCCAUGUUUCCUAUACUUAUCUCUCAGUCAGUGGACUUAGAUGGCCAUUUCCUCAUUGGGGCUACACCGGAAAAGCCAAACUAACCAGUUUCAAUUAUUAAUGGAGCAAGCAGAUAACCGUAGCAACAACGAGCAUGUUAUUGACAUAACUAGUAGCAACGAUGCAUCCUCAUCGAGCAACCCCCAUGAUAGACCAGUUAAUACUGUGCUUCAUGUCCAAGCUGAACAUCCCCCAUCAACAAGCACAACAGUGCCUGUCUCCCAACAUGCAUUUUCUUCUGCUAAUAGAUCCAACUUGAGGAACUCAUCAUUUGCUCGAAGAGGAAAUGGGCGCCGCCAUCGGAGUCCUCUGAAUUCCGUGCUCUGGAUAUCCAUUGAACUAGUCUUGACAUUGAGCCAAAUAAUUGCAGCAAUCGCGGUGUUGGCCAUAUCAAGGGAUGAGCACCCACGAGCUCCUCUAUCCCAAUGGAUAGUUGGUUAUGCAUCUGGGUGUGUAGCAAUCCUCCCUCUUCUCUACUGGCGUUUUCGUCAUAGAAACCAAAAUUCAGAUCAGGAUUCAUCUCAGCAGCCACAGAUUUCUUCCCAGGUUGAACUCCCCGGCAGACCUUCCUCAAGUACAAGGAGUUCAGAAGGCGAAGGUCGUCAGACAACUGCUACAGCUUCUACAGGUGGUCAAAGUAAUGAAUUACUGAGCAGAAGGGUAAAGGCAUUUAUUGAGUACUUCAAAAUGGCAUUAGAUUGUUUUUUUGCAGUGUGGUUUGUGGUUGGCAAUGUGUGGAUAUUUGGUGGACACUCCUCUUCCUCUGAGGCUCCCAACUUGUACAGGUUGUGUAUAGUAUUUCUGACCUUUAGCUGUAUCGGGUAUGCCAUGCCAUUUAUUCUAUGUGCAACAAUCUGCUGCUGCCUCCCCUGCAUUAUUUCAGUCAUGGGCUUCCGAGAAGAUCUGACUCAAAACAAAGGCGCCACACCAGAAUCAAUUAAUGCUCUUCCGACCUAUAAAUUUAAGGUAAAGAAAAACAAAAGUGGCAACAAAGAGGCUGCUGAAGGUGGGGUUGUGGCUGCAGGAACAGACAAGGAGCGUGUGAUUUCAGGAGAAGAUGCGGCAUGUUGCAUUUGCUUGGCAAAGUAUGUGAACAAUGAUGAGCUGAGGGAGUUGCCCUGUUCUCAUUUCUUCCACAAGGACUGUGUGGAUAAGUGGCUGAAAAUCAACAACUCAUGUCCCCUUUGCAAAGCUGAGGUGGGUGAGACCCUUUUGAGCUCUCUUACCGAAGCAACUGCAAGUUUGCGUCAGAGUUCCGCGUUUUAAGUUGCCACUCUGCCCACAUGCUAGUAUAGAGAUGUUUUUUAAAGGAAUAGUAGUUACCUUCAUAUAUAUUUCAUUUUCUUCCAUCACUCUUCUGAUUUCUUUUGGGCUAUAUGUUGUUAGCUUACUAGAUUUAUAUACAAUUUCUGUUGCAAAACAUGUGAGGUG